AUGGCUAGCUCAUUACAAGCAGCUGCCACUCUGAUGCAACCAACCAAGAUUGGUGUCUCAGCCAGAAACAGUUUGCAGUUCAGGUCUGUUCAAAGUCUCGGCAAGGCCUUCGGAGUCGAGCCGGCUGGAUCGAGGGUCACCUGCUCUCUUCAAGCUGAUCUAAAGGACUUGGCUCAAAAGUGCAGUGAUGCUGCCAAGGUUGCUGGUUUUGCUCUUGCCACUUCUGCACUCGUCGUCUCGGGAGCAAAUGCUGAAGGAGUUCCAAAACGUCUAACCUACGAUGAAAUUCAGAGCAAGACAUAUCUGGAAGUAAAGGGAACAGGCACUGCUAACCAAUGCCCAACCAUUGAAGGCGGCGUUGACGGCUUUGCCUUCAAGGAAGGCAAAUACAAUGCCAAGAAAUUCUGCCUGGAACCCACAUCCUUCACUGUGAAGGCAGAGGGUGUGAACAAGAACUCACCCCCUGAGUUUCAGAAGACAAAGCUUAUGACCCGUUUAACCUACACCCUCGACGAGAUUGAGGGACCUUUUGUGGUAUCUCCUGAUGGCUCUGUCAAGUUUGAGGAGAAGGAUGGAAUUGAUUAUGCUGCCGUUACAGUGCAGCUUCCAGGUGGUGAGCGUGUGCCCUUCCUCUUCACCGUCAAACAGCUUGUAGCAUCUGGCAAACCAGAUAGCUUCAGUGGCGAGUUCCUUGUGCCAUCAUACAGGGGUUCAUCCUUCCUCGACCCAAAGGGAAGGGGUGGAUCUACUGGUUAUGACAAUGCAGUUGCAUUGCCAGCUGGUGGAAGAGGAGACGAGGAAGAACUUGAGAAAGAAAACAUAAAGAAUGUUUCAUCUUCAACAGGAAAGAUCACCUUGAGUGUUACCAAAAGCAAGCCUGAGAGUGGUGAGGUGGUUGGAGUAUUUGAAAGCAUUCAGCCAUCUGAUACUGAUUUGGGAUCAAAAGCCCCCAAGGAAGUGAAAAUUCAAGGAUUCUGCAUUUACAACCAUCAGGGAAAGGUGCUCGGCAUUUGCAGGCUUCACCAAUGA